AUGCCGUCGGCCACUGCAUCUGGGUCAGACAAUGGGGGCCCAGCGAAAUCUCGCGAGCAUAACCAAGGGAAUCAGGACCGUAAAUACACUCCGGAACAGAAGGCCGCUGUGCUUAGGAUACGGAAAUGCUCGACGACGGCGUUUUACGAGAUCUUGUCUCUAGAAAAAACCGCCUCCGACGGCGAGAUCAAGAAGGCCUAUCGGAAAUUGAGUUUACUGACACAUCCGGAUAAGAACGGGUAUGACGGGGCGGAUGAGGCAUUCAAGUUGGUGUCACGCGCUUUCCAGGUCCUGUCAGACCCUGAUAAGAAGUCCAAAUACGAUAAGUUCGGUGGUGAUCCGGAUAGCAGGUUUCCCCCCAGUGCUGGUCCCUCGGGAGCGUCUCCCUUCAGUGGCUUCGGUGGUGGUGGCUUCCCGCGAUCUGGAGGACCGGGUGGCUCUGUGUUCGAAGAAGAGAUAUCACCAGAGGAGUUAUUCAACCGGUUCUUCAACGGAGGAUUUGGUGGUAUGGGAGGUGGUUUUAGCCCGUUUGGUGGCCCCCAAUUUGUCUUCAACAUGGGAGGAGGCCCUGGCUUCCGGGUUCAUCAAUUUGGAGGUCCUCGGCCGCGGAGACGACCCCGUGAAGCCAAUGCACAAUCCGAGCCAGCGCCGUCGGGCUGGGCCACGUUGCAACAGCUCUUGCCCCUGAUCCUCCUUUUCGUUCUUCCCUUGCUCUCCUCGCUUUUCUCUGGCUCGUCUACACCCUCCGGUCCGUCCAUUCGAUUUGAUAUGGCAGUACCGCCUCACACGAUGCAGCGAACCACCCCAAAACUACACCUGAACUACUUUGUCAACCCCAGAGACGUGGAAGACUUCAGCGCGCGGAAAUUCCGCAAUUUAGACAAACGGGUCGAGGUGGACUACGUCACUAAACUUCGGUACGAAUGCGAGAAAGAGGUACAUUCCCGGGAACGGAUGAUCCAAGAAGCUCAGGGCUGGUUUUUCCCCGAUGUAGAGAAGAUGAAGGAGGCAAGGGAAAUGGAGUUAAAGAGUUGUCGACGGUUAGACUCUUUGAAAGGCCGGUAUUAA